AUGAAUAAUUUGCUGAAUUGGAUGCUAUUCAGACCAACAACAGGAGUGUGGACACUUUUCCGGUUCAUGAAAAUGAUAUGCAACACCAUAGCACAACAAACAGUGCUGUUUUUACGUGUUUUGGAAGCAAAAACAGGAAAGUGUUUAGCCCCAAAAAUGAGUGGAAACCAGGGAGACGAGAGUCUGCUGCCAAGGGAUGCCAAGAUAAUUUCAGCCAUUCUGAGAUCACUUGGAAUUGAGGAGUGUGAGCCACGUGUGAUUGUGCAGCUGCUUGAAUUCGCAUAUAAAUAUUCUACUGGAGUUAUGCUUGAUGCACAGGGAUAUGCAAGACACUGUGAAAGUGAGACCAUUACGCAGAAAGACAUAAAGUUGGCCAUACAAACAAAAUCAAGUCAGCAGUUUCUGCCUGCUCCGUCCAGGAAUCUGCUUCAGGCCACUGCGGAGAGCAUCAACAAGAAUCCGCUAUCGAUGCCAGACGCCGAGAACUUGAUACGCGUGCCAAAUCUAAAGAGCGGAAUGUACGGAAUGGAGUUCGAACUGGGUGAGGCUGACGAAACUAACAACAAUGAUUAG